AUGAACAUCAACAACAUCAACAUCAAGAACAACAACAACAAUACAACACAAUCCAUCAUGUCACUUCCAAUCACUUAUGACCCAAUCACCAAAAUAAUAUCAAUCAACGAAUCUGCCCAAAAUGAUCAAGAAUUAAAAGAAGAAAUUGAUCAAUUAAAUAGAUUAUCAAAAGAUUUUAUAAAUUUAAAUUCAGAAAUUCCUGAAUCUCCAGAACCAUCAAAGACAUUAACACCAUUAAUUAAAAAAUUAGUUACAUCAGGUAUUGAUGCUCAAAAACGUGGGAAACAUCAUGAUGCUAUAAAACAAUUCUCCUUGGCUAUUGAUAUGGCAAGUAGAAGAUCAAGAUGGGAAGCAUUUGCCAUACAAUUACAAGAAUUAAAUUUAAUCCUUAUGGCAAGAUGUGAUUCUUAUAUCAUGACUAAGAAUUGGAUAGAUGCGUAUAAUGAUGCUGAUAUGUUAUUAGGUACUCAAGUUAAUACUCCUGAAAAUUUCUUAAGAAGAGCUACUGCUGCUUCUAAUAUGGGGAGAUUAACACAAGCUAAAUAUGAUUUAGAAAGAGGGUUAUGCUUUGUUGAGGAUGAUGAAAGGAUUAAGACUCAGUUAGGGGUUGUUAAUAGAUUGAUUGCUGUGGAAAAUGGUGAUUUAUAA